CUUUCUUUUUUUUUUUUUUUCCUUACACUCUCUCAACAACAAAAGAAUAUAUUUGUUAUGUGUGAAAAAAGAAAAAAAAAAUCCUCCGAUCCAUCCCAAUGGAAAAGAAAUUUGAAGAAGACUCAAUGAUGGGGUUUGAUUAUAAUUCUGCCGGACUUUACUCUCCGGCGGUGUUUUCCGAUGAGUUUCCGGCGUCUAGUUUUGAUUCUUUUUCUAGUAUUUUCGACAUGUCAUGUGAUGAUCAUGACCAUAAAGCUGCUGUUGCUGCUGCUUCUUGUUCUUCUAAUUCCUUUGACUUAUUUAGUAGUGGAGUUGAAAUCCAUGAUUUUUACAACAACAACAAUAAUACUUAUUCUUCUUCUUUCUUCGAUUUGCUUUCUACGGCGGCUCCGCCACUUUCCUCACCGGCCUCCACUGUGCCGGAAUCCUCCGAGGUCGUCAAUGCUCCGACCACUCCUAAUUCUUCCUCUGUUUCUUCCUCCUCCAAUGAAGCUGCUGCUGCCAUUGAAGAAGUUGACAAGAUCAACAACAACACUGAUAAGUCUUCUUCUUCUAAAGUGUUGAAGCCAAACAAGAAGAACCAGAAGAAGAAAAGAGAACCCAGAUUUGCUUUCAUGACAAAGAGUGAUAUUGAUCAUCUCGAUGAUGGUUACCGGUGGCGAAAGUACGGUCAAAAAGCCGUGAAGAACAGCCCUUAUCCCAGAAGCUAUUAUCGUUGUACAACAGCAGGGUGCGUUGUGAAGAAGAGAGUAGAGCGAUCGUCGGACGACCAUUCGAUAGUCGUUACGACGUAUGAAGGCCAACACACUCAUCAAAGUCCGGUAAUGCCGCGAGGGAGUAUCAGAGUUCUACCGGAAUCCACCAACAACAGCCUCAUCGUCGAUCACGACACCACCGCCACCAGACUUUUAUUCCAACACAACACUCCCCAACAACCAUUCAUGUAUAGCUCUCCACCACCGCCAUUUCUAACAAUCAACUCGUCGGUGGCGGCUGUGAGUCCCCAUCCUCCUCCUCCUACUUCCUUCACACCACCAUCACCGCCACCGUCGUCUCAAGCUUCCUUGGUCCGAGACCAUGGGCUUCUCCAAGACUUGGUGCCAUUGCAAAUGAGGAAGGAACCAAAAGAUGAGCAAAAUGGAUGAAUUAUUUGAAUUAAUUCUCUCUUAAUUUUGGUACGUUUAAAUUAAGAAUUCAGAAUCAGCCAUUUUCCAUCGUUUUUUUUUUUUUGAGUAGAUUCGUCAUCUCAUGAUUAUGAAGCGCUUUCUCUCUUUCAAGCGUUUUAAAGAUGGAUUAUAUUAGUAUUAGCUGUGCUUUAUUAAUGAGUUAUAUUAUUAUAUUCUUUGUAAAAUAAUCUUAAUUAGCAUAU